UGUGAUCCUGCCACUGCACUAGCCUGGGCAACAGAGUAAGACCCUGUCUUUUUUUUUUUAAGUCAACAUAUCCUGAACAAAGGAUCCUUCAUAACAUUCCCACCAGAUUUCUAAUCAGAAACAUGGAGGCCAGAAAGCAGUGGAGGACGACAGCCCUCAGGCAGCCCUGAAAGAUGUUGUCACAGGCUGGUGCAAGGGCCUUCAGGUUACCAAUUGGAAGCUCUGGGAACAGCCCUGUUGCAAACAAGAAGCCAUGGCCAGGCCGGAGCCCAGGAAUGCGGGCUGGGCUGGGAUCCAGGUGACAGCUUUGAGGCUCACUGGGAGCAGCCUCUGGACAGGAGAGGUCCCACCCAGGAAACCUCAGGCAUGGCUGAGAAGCGCGGUACUUGGUGCGGGGUCUGUACGUGUGUGAGACAGAAUGCGUGUGCCGAGUGUCAGUGUGAGUCUGUGUGCAUGUGAGUACUGUCUUCGUGUGGGUGAUUUUGUGGGUGUGUGAUCGUGUCCCUCCAAGUGUGGACAAGUGUCUGGGAGUGGACAAGAGGUCUGUGCACCACCAGGGUGUGCAUAGCGUCUGUGCAUGUCAAGAGUGCAGUAUGAAGCAAAGGGACCAGGCCCACGGCGCCUCUGAUCAUCAUGAGCUCCCUAAGGCCCCAGGUAAGUGCCAGUGACAGAUAAGGGUGGUGAAGGCCACUCUGGAACGGGUAGGUGGGGUAAGGAAAGGGGAAGGCCAUGUUCUGGAGGAGAGGUUGUGACCACAAUAGGGUGUAUGAGCCUAGCAGGGAGGUGGAUGGCAGGGUCCACUGAGACCUUGGUUAUCCCAGAAGCCUGUGCGGGCUUGAGAAGCUGGGAGUGGGGAGAGGGAGUGACUUCUCCGACCAGGCCCCUCCACCGCCCUACCCUGGGUAAGGGCCUGGAGCGGGCAGCAGGGGCAAGGACCUCUGGAGCCGCCCCUACCUGCCCUUGCCUGACCCUGUACCCAGUGGCAGUACAAUCAAUACAGCAGGUUGGCUCACAGCAGGAGGCAAAGGCCGUGAUCAGCUUCCUUUAUAAGGGAAUGAUCACGCACUUGGUGUGCUGAGAGUGUCCUGCCUGCUCCUCUGUGUCUGGUGCGGUGGGGGAGCCAGGUGUAUCCAGAGGAACCCAGGGGGCAGUGAGGCAGCUAUGGAGCUACAUGCACUGGUGCCCCUGGCUGUGACAGUGGCCAUCUUCCUGCUCCUGGUGGACUUGAUGCACCGGCGCCAACGCUGGGCUGCACGCUACCCGCCAGGUCCCCUGCCACUGCCGGGGCUGGGCAACCUGUUGCAUGUGGACUUCAAGAACACACCAUACUGCUUCGACCAGUUACGGCGCCGCUUCGGGGACGUGUUCAGCCUGCAGCUGGCCUGGACGCCGGUGGUCGUGCUCAAUGGGCUGGCGGCCGUGCGCGAGGCGCUGGUGACCUACGGCGAGGACACAGCCGACCGCCCGCCUGUGCCCAUCGCCCAGGUCCUGGGUUUUGGGCCGCGCUCCCAAGGGGUGUUCCUGGCGCGCUACGGGCCCGCGUGGCGCGAGCAGAGGCGCUUCUCCGUGUCUACCUUGCGCAAUUUGGGCCUGGGCAAGAAGUCGCUGGAGCAGUGGGUGACCGAGGAGGCCGCCUGCCUCUGUGCCGCCUUCACCGACCAAGCGGGACGACCCUUUCGCCCCAACAGCCUCCUGGAUAAAGCAGUGUGCAACGUGAUCGCCUCCCUCACCUAUGGGCGCCGCUUCGAGUACGACGACCCUCGCUUCCUCAGGCUGUUUGACCUUUCACAUGAGGCGCUGAAGGAGGAGUCAGGCUUACUGCGCGAGGUGCUGAAUGCCAUCCCCCUCCUCCUGCGCAUCCCUGGGCUGGCUGGCAAGGUCCUACCCUCCCAAAAGGCUUUACUGACCCAGCUAGAUGAGCUGCUGACUGAGCACAGGAUGACCUGGGACCCAGCCCAGCCGCCCCAAGACCUGACUGAGGCCUUCCUGGCAGAGAUGGAGAAGGCCAAGGGGAACCCCGAGAGCAGCUUCAAUGAAGAGAACCUGCGCCUUGUGGUGUCUGACCUGUUCUCUGCUGGGAUGGUGACCACCUCGACCACACUGGCCUGGGGCCUCCUACUCAUGAUCCUGCACCCGGAUGUGCAGCGCCGUGUCCAACAGGAGAUCGACGACGUGAUAGGGCAGGUGCGGCGACCAGAGAUGGGUGACCAGGCUCGCAUGCCCUACACCACUGCCGUGAUUCACGAGGUGCAGCGCUUUGGGGACAUCGUCCCCCUGGGUGUGACCCAUAUGACAUCCCGUGACAUCGAAAUACAGGGCUUCCUCAUCCCUAAGGGGACGACGCUCUUCACCAACCUGUCAUCGGUGCUGAAGGAUGAGGCCGUCUGGGAGAAGCCCUUCCGCUUCCACCCCGAACACUUCCUGGAUGCUCAGGGCCACUUUGUGAAGCCAGAGGCCUUCCUGCCUUUCUCAGCAGGCCGCCGCGCAUGCCUCGGGGAGCCCCUGGCCCGCAUGGAGCUCUUCCUCUUCUUCACCUGCCUGCUGCAGCGCUUCAGCUUCUCGGUGCCCGCCGGACAGCCCAGGCCCAGCCACCAUGGUGUCUUUGCUUUCCUGGUGACCCCAUCCCCCUACGAGCUUUGUGCUGUGCCCCGCUAGAAUGGGGUACCUAGUGCCCAGCCUGCUCCCUAGCCAGGGGCCCUGAUGUACAAUAAAGCAAUGUGGUAGUUCCAACUUGGGUCCCCUGCCCAGGCCCUGGUUGGGAACGUCCUCCCCAGGGCAGUCCCACCCCUGCCUCAUUCCUGCUUACCCCACUGCCUGGCCGCAUUUGAGACAGGGGUAUGUUCAGGUUGAGCAGAUGUCAGCUAGCCUUGCCCAUAAUCCCAUGUCCCCACUGACCCAACUCUGCCCAGAUUGGUGACAAGAACUACAUUGUUCUGGCAUCUGGGGGAAGGAGCCAGAAUGGGCCGACUAGAGGUGUCAGCCCUGAGUGUGGUGGAGAGGGCAGGACUCAGCCUGGAGGCCCACAUUUCAGGCCUAACUCAGCCCACCCCCCAUCAGGGGCAGCGGUCCUGCCAGCACCAUCACAACAGUUACCUCCUUUCAUAUAUGACACUCCAAAAAGGAAGACAAAUCAUGGCAUCAGGGAGCUAUAUGCCAGGGCUCCCUCCCAGAGCUCAGUCAGCAGGUGCCAGAACAUUCCCUGGGAAGGCCCCAAGGCCCCAGGGAAGCCCAGGACUAAGCCACCGUCCUCAGCCUCUGUCACCUCACCACACGACUGGCCACCUCUCUGGGUCCUCAGACAGACAUGCUGCUGUCCAGACCCCUGACCAGUGGCGAGUUUGCACUCGGGGCCAGACUGGAGCUGGAGAACACUUGCUGGGCUCCAACCCUAGGUGCCAUCCUCCCAGUAAGGGGUCAGGCAGGGCCCACAGGCUUAGCCAGGGGCCAUGCAUGAGCCCUGUGGGCCACAGGCCUGCCCUAGGGACAGGAGUCAACCUUGGG